CAGAGAAGCUCCUGAAGACAUUUCUGAAGAGACAGGCUCUGCAAACUGCCUUCAGAAGGAAAAGAAAUGAAGCCCUACCCAGUCUUACUUGAGUUCAAAGAGAGGACAUCUAUGCUUUGCCACCUUUACAGGAGGAAGAAAAACACAGUUCAGAAGAGGAAGAUGAAAAGCAGUGGCGAGAAAGAAUGGAUCAAAAGCAAGCUUUGCAGGAAGAAUUCUUUCACAAUCCUCAGGCCAUCGACAUCGAGUCUGAGGAUUUCAGCAGCCUGCCCCCUGAAGUGAAGCAUGAGAUCUUAACUGACAUGAAAGAGUUUACCAAGCGAAGGCGGACACUGUUUGAAGCAAUGCCAGAGGAGUCUAAUGAUUUUUCGCAGUACCAGCUGAAAGGCCUGCUUAAGAAGAACUACCUAAACCAGCACAUAGAAAAUGUCCAGAAGGAAAUGAACCAGCAGCACUCAGGGCAAAUCCAGAGGCAGUACGAAGAUGAGGGGGGCUUUCUGAAGGAGGUGGAGUCAAGGAGAGUGGUCUCCGAAGACACCGCCCACUACAUCUUGAUAAAAGGUAUUCAAGCUAAGAAAGUCACGGAUGCGGAUUCAGAGGCUUCUCCUUCCUCCAGCAGAGCGCACAGCACGUCCUUGGACCUGAAAUCCUCACCCCAGGAGAAAGUGAAGCAGGAGAAAGAGCCAGAGGCCACACCUCCUUCUCCGAGGACUUUACUGGCGAUGCAGGCAGCCAUGCUGGGAAGUAGCUCAGAAGAGGAGCCCGAGAGUGGAGCGGGAAGGCAGCCUGGGGAGAGGAACCUGUGGGCCACGGCAGAUGCAGGCUCCGUGUCCCCGCGUACCCUUGCGGCUAUUCAGAAAGCCCUGGAUGAGGACGAAGACGGGAAAGUGUGUGAUGGGGGCGACGAGCGCACAGGAGGGACAGGGAUGAGAGUGUUAGGCGAUGACAAAGAUGGAGAGGUAUGCGCCGGGGGUGAUGAGCCGGCAGUGCGAACACCGCCUGGAAACGGGCCCGACCAGGGGCCCAGUGACGGAGUUGUCGAGAGCCGCCGUGGUGGCACGCCGUUUGCCACAGUUCCUCCUGUACCCGCCGCGACCGCGGUGGAGGAGUGUGCGGCCAGCGGCGGCCGUGAGAAAGCACAGACCGCCUCCGCUCCUUCAUGGGGUGCCGCUUGUCAGCACGCUGGUGGGUGCUAUGCUCCAGGAGAACAAAUGCCACUUACUCCUGUGGUGAAGGCAGCGUCCGAGAGAAGCAGUGAGGAUGAGGUUGAGGGUAAGCAAGCUCCCCUCCCGUCAGCGUGCACGGAACUUCCAUGCCUUGAUGCUUCUGGGCUCCUCAGUGAAACGAAAGUAACUCUGGUACCCGCAGUGAGAACAUAUUCUGAUCAGAGGCUGGACCUUGAAGGGCCCGAGCUGCAGGAAGGUCUCAACCCGCCCGAGGGGAAAUGCGUUUCUUCUCGUUAUUCAAGUGAUGAUGAAACGGAGUGCGCACAAGCCCCUGCUUCUAAACCAUGCAGUACAGUUCACGUCCCUGCAGAGGCGACGGGUGACUUAGGAAAGGCAUUGUCUUCCGACGAACGUGGCGAUUCCCUGAAAUCCAUCGAGCAAGGGGAGAUGAUGCCUGAACCUGCUGCCAGGGAGUUGAUUUCAGUCCCGGGGCCCACGGGACCAGUGGAGAUGGAGUCGGAAGAGAGCGAGUCUGAUGGAAGUUUCAUUGAGGUACAGAGUGUGGUCAGUGAUGGUGAACUUCGAACAGAGUCACUGGAGACUUCUAAAUCUGACUCUGAACAAGAUGAAGAGGAACCAAGCGGAACCCCGCAGGAAGGAACCUCCAGGGACACAGAACUCCAACAGGACAGCUCCGACAGCGAGGACGUGGCCAAAGGAGAGCACAGAAACGCCGACAGAGAUGCUGAGAGCUCGCCUAAUGAAUGGCAAGAUAUUAAUUUGGAGGAACUGGACAUCCUGGAGAGCAACCUCUUGGCAGAGCAGAACUCCCUGAACGCUCAAAAACAGCAGCAAGAACGGAUCGCUGCCUCGGUCACAGGCCAGAUGUUUCUGGAAAGUCAGGAACUCCUGCGCCUGUUUGGCAUCCCCUACAUCCAGGCUCCCAUGGAGGCAGAGGCGCAGUGUGCCAUUCUUGACCUCACUGAUCAGACUUCUGGGACCAUCACUGACGAUAGUGAUAUCUGGCUGUUUGGGGCCCGGCAUGUCUAUAAGAAUUUCUUUAACAAAAACAAGUUUGUAGAGUACUACCAGUACGUGGACUUUCACAACCAGCUAGGACUGGACCGGAGCAAAUUAAUCAACUUGGCUUAUCUACUGGGCAGCGAUUAUACCGAAGGGAUCCCGACUGUCGGCUGUGUAACAGCCAUGGAGAUUCUCAAUGAAUUCCCUGGGCGUGGCCUGGACCCGCUCUUAAAAUUCUCAGAGUGGUGGCAGGAAGCUCAGAACAGCAAGAAGGUUGCAGCCAAUCCCCACGACACGAAAGUGAAGAAGAAGUUGCGGAAGUUGCAGCUGACACCUGGCUUCCCCAACCCUGCAGUUGCGGAUGCUUACCUCAAGCCUGUGGUGGAUGACUCCAGGGGGUCGUUUCUGUGGGGCAAGCCUGACGUGGACAAGAUUAGAGAAUUUUGUCAGAGAUACUUUGGCUGGAACAGGACGAAGACAGAUGAAUCCCUUUUUCCAGUACUCAAGCAACUGAAUGUCCAGCAGACCCAGCUACGAAUUGAUUCCUUUUUUAGAUUAGCUCAACAGGAAAAACAAGAUGCCAAACACAUAAAAAGCCAGAGGCUGAACAGAGCUGUGACAUGCAUGCUGAGGAAAGGAAGGGAAGAGGCAGCUGGCGAGCUGGAGAAAGAGAUUGGCACCCCGGAUAAGGCAAAAGGAAACCCCCCAAAAAGAAGCCUGUCGAGCCCAAGAGAAACAUCAGACCCCAAAAGAAGGAGGUCUUUAGGAAAUGGUGGGUUUCUGGGGGACCCCUACCUCUCAGAGUCCCCCGGGGAUUCAGGUGAGGAUGCAGAAAGUUCAUCUGAGAUGUGCGCACAGCAAAGAAGAACAGCGGAGUCACCAAAAGUCCGCCACUCGGAUUUGCCCAGCGUGGAGAGAGAUGCUCACAGAAGGGACGUGUCUGCUGUGUCUACUAGCAGCUCCAGUGAGGACGAUGGGGACGAAGUCAAGGCAGUCCUGGUGACUGCUAGACCUGUAUUUGGGAAGAGAAAAAGGAAGCUAAGGUGAAGGAAAGGAAAGUCUAAUUUAAAAAAAGCCAGCAGUUUGUAAGGAUGAUGUUCGCAAUGAUUAUGUGUUGAGAGCAUGAAAUUAAAUCUAUUUGUACAAUC